AUGAUGAACAGUAACAUAGUGAACAACAGCAUGGUGAACGGCAGCGAGGAGUUGGAUUGUGAGGCGGCAAUACUAGAGCUGGGGACGUCAGUAAUGCAGCCGUGGUCUGUGCCUGGCCGGUACGUCUACUGCUCUGUGAGUCUGACGCUGUCAGUGGCGAUACUAUUCGGAAACUGUCUGGUCAUUUAUGCAGUUGUUAAAUUCAAGAAACUUCAGACUCGGCCAAACGCGUAUAUUGUGUCGCUGGCCUUCUCCGACAUCGCGCUGGCGGUUCUGUUGUUUCCCCUGCACCUCUACGAAACGUGGAACAUGAGGUGGGAUCUGCCAGUGUGGAUGUGCAAGAUAAGGGUCGUCUUGGAAGUGGGCUUGAUUCAAGUGUCCAUGUUCAACUUAUGCGCCGUUGCAAUAGAGCGUUAUUUAUCCGUCUGCCAUCCAUUCAAACACCAGUUCAUAAGCCACAGAAUCACCGGCGUCAUUAUUGCUCUUUGCUGGAUCAUACCUUCCUUCACGUGGAUCAUAUAUGACCUAAGCGGCUGGCACUACCUAGGUAUUGAAUUCCACAUGUACUGUCUCAAUCAAGCAGGCAAAUGCAUACAUCUUCUUAAUACCGACGACAAUGCUAUUCCAUCUAUUUUAUUUUUCCUUGUCCCAGGGUUCGUUAUCGUAGUUGCCUACUGGAAGAUAUUUGCCACGGCAAGGAGGCAUGCCCGAGAGAUACGGACAUUGACUCAGACACAGGAACAGAGGAAGAAGAACAGAGAUUACCUGGGCAACACCAAGGCUGCUAAGGUGUUGGGGGUCGUGGUGGCCUGUUUCUUCAUCAGUUGGAUGCCGGUCAAUGUGACCUAUAAGAUCGACAUUGAUACAAACUACGAGCUUGUGCCGGCCCUUCUCAUCGAUGUCCUGGUGUGGCUAGGGUUCGCGAACUCGAUGAUGAAUCCUAUAGUGUACUACAUAUUCAGUCAGGACUUUAAAAUAGCCUUCAAAACUAUCAUCGGCCUCAAGACGGUAACGAUGGAAGACAACUGA